AUGUCAACGAAAAUGGGAAGUCGUAUUCCAAGGACAUGGUUAUGUUACUCUGUUAUACUAGACAAAGUGUAUUGUGAAGUUUGUUGGCUUUUUGCUAAUCGUAGAAACAGCAGUUUUACUCCUGAAUGGAUUGAUGGUAUAAACGAUUGGCAACAUCUUUCCCAAAAAGUAAAAUUACAUGAACAAAAUUCGUUAAUACAUUUAGAAGCCAAAAAACUUCGAACAGUUUGGUUAAAAAAUGGUACUAUUGAUAAAGAACUUGAAACCCAAAUUUCAAAUGAAGCAAAGUUCUGGAGAGAUAUAUUAACAAGAAUAAUAAAAAUAAUUUUAACACUCACUGCAGGGAACAAAGCAUUACGUGGGAAUGAGUGUAAAGAAUACUCUGAAGGUAAUUUUCUCAGAUUAGUUAAUUUAUUGGCUGAAUUUUAUCCUGUUUUACAAACAUUAUUGAAUAAUAAAGAAAAUCAUAUCAAGUACUUGAGCCCAACCAUACAAAAUGAAUUAAUUGGAAUUUCGGGAUCAUGUUUGCAAGAAAUAAUUUGUGCCGAAAUUAGGCAAUGUUCUUGUUUUGCAAUUAUCAUGGACUCCACUCAAGAUAUAACUAAAAUUGAACAAGUCAGUGUUAUAAUUCGCUAG